CAAUAGGCUUUCAAAAGGAUAUAUCGCACACCAUCUUCAAAAGUGACACAACUCAAAAUAACGGGUUUAUCAGAAAAUGCGAACAACUGUUUCGUAGCACAUGCUAAUCAAAUGGGCAAGAGAGACUUUACUCUAGGUUUUUUUCAAUAAAUUGUAACAAAAAUUUCAUCCAGGUUUUGCUCAAAGAUAAAUAACCGCUCUGCGCACAUCUUUAGCGUAUAAUUUCCAAAAUGCCAAAUUUUGAGUUGUGUUACUUUUGAAGAUCGUGUGCGAUUUGAUCAUUUUGUGCCUAGUACUGUCGGCGUGACCAAAUUGCAACAUUCGACAAGAAAGAAAAUGCAACGCUGCUCCUAACAGCUGAUUAUGUAUUUACUGUUUUGUAAAUUUUCAAUCAAGUUUUGUAAAACAGAAAAUAUAAUUAAGUUCUGCGUUUUAUGUUAUUAUUUUAAAAAUAUUUUCAACACUUCAUAAUUGUGCCAACGCUAUUCCAAAAUUAUAAUGUCCAUUAACUCGGGCUACAAUGAAAAUGAGCGCAAUAAGAUACCUAGGAUCAUGACAUUCCGGCCUAGCUAUGAGGAAUUCAAGAAUUUUUCUUCCUAUGUCGAAUACAUGGAACGACGUGGCGCUAAUUUGGCUGGCUUAGCGAAGGUUAUACCACCGCCAGAAUGGGUGCCACGCAAAUCUGGAUACCACAUAGAUAAUAUUAAUAUGACAAUACCAGCGCCCAUCUGCCAAGUGGUAUCAGGCAAACAGGGUGAAUAUCAGCAAAUAAAUGUUCAAAAGCGUUCUAUGACGCUGCGGCAGUUCAAAGAAAUGGCAGAGUCGGAGCGUUACCAAACUCCGCGACAUUUCGACUACGAUGAUUUAGAACGAAAGUAUUGGAAAAAUGUGACAUACAUUGCACCUUUCUAUGCAGCAGACGUAAAGGGUUCCCUGAGUGAUCCCGAUUUGCGUAUUUGGAAUAUCAAUUGCCUUGAUACCAUAUUAAACUAUGUAAAUAAGGAUUAUGGCAUUGAAAUCGACGGCGUAAAUACAGCUUAUUUAUAUUUUGGUAUGUGGAAGAGCUCUUUUGCUUGGCACACAGAAGAUAUGGACUUGUAUUCCAUAAACUACCUCCACUUUGGUGCACCGAAAACUUGGUACGCCAUUCCACCCGCAUACGGUAGACGUUUAGAAACGUUAGCGAACCGCCUUUUUUACGAAAACUAUCAAAACUGCAACGCCUUUUUGCGCCAUAAGAUGACGCUAAUUAGUCCACAAGUAUUGCGUCAACAUAAAAUACCAUUUAAUAAGGUUACCCAGGAAGCCGGCGAAAUUAUGAUAACAUUUCCCUUCGGUUACCAUGCCGGUUUCAAUCACGGUUUUAAUGGCGCAGAGUCAACAAAUUUUGCGUCGAAACGUUGGAUUGAAUAUGGCAAGCGUUCCAGCAUAUGUAACUGCCGAAAAGAUAUGGUUAAAAUAUCAAUGGAAACAUUUGUCCAACGCUUCCAGCCCGAACGCUACGAAAACUGGCUCAAAGGUAUUGAUUACGGUUGUCACCCAGAAGAACCUGGAAAAAUUUGCGCUGCCCCACCGCCCACAAUCAACAAAUAUUACUAUUCAAAAAUGAGAAAGCCGGAGUCUACCGAGUCAGUAGCAUCACAAUGUUCGACGCCAAAAACUAAAGACACAAUGCAAAAACGUGGUUGUACAUCAUUAGCCGUGCCUGAAGGUCCUGCCAUGAAUGCGUGUUUUUCCAAAGUGCCCAAAAUCAUAUUGACUAAAAUAGAUAGUGUCAGCAGUAAGAAUUUAGAUUUUAAUGCAAUAGCGGUAGUACGUCUCAAAAGACUAUGGAAUAAUAUUCCAUGCAAUAAGGAAGGUAAGAAUCUGCUAACAAAUGGUAUAAUAAAAAACACGAAAAGAAUGCGUUUUCAAACGAAAACCAUUAAGCUGGAUGAUGAAGACUAGUCUUGUGUUGAAGAUAAAUUUUAUUUUUAUAUAUGUAUAUGUACCAGAAUUAAUUACUAAAUAUAAGUUAUGCAGGAUGAUGAGACUGUUACCUCAGAUGCAUAGUGUAUUAAGUAUGCCGGCGGUUAAAACAAGCUAAAUAGAUUUUCAACCCUUCUCCAAAUGCCUACAUACAUACAUACAUGUGCACAUUUUAUAUGAAUAGUUAAAUGUUUAGUUCAUCCAAGUAUUUUCUACUUUUUUACUAAUAACGUAUUUUCAAAUUGUUGUAAAUACAUAUGUAUAAAACAUUAAUAUAUUUCAGAAGCGAUAAUAUGUUUAUAAAUCUGUGGCCAUAAGCUAUAAUCGCCUUAGUCGAAAAACCUGAAUUCGAGUAAAAAUGCAUUCAAUAUUUGCAUUGUAAUGUUAACCUUAUGGGGAAAACAAAAUAUUUUCAUCUAUAACUUUUUAAAUAGCCUAGGUAACGAGAUGGGAGUAUCCCAUACACAUGGAAUAGUAGUUGCAAAAUACGAUAGCAUAUAUAACUCAAUUCUUUCUUAAGUCGACUUAGCCGGUUAUUGGUUAUGACUACAGAAAUAUGUUUUAUU